AUGGCGCGCGUCCUAGCCGGUUGUCUCGUUGUUUGUUUAUUUUUAAAUCCUGUUUUCUCGCAAAAUAACUUCAAAAUUCCAGAUGUGUCUAUUGAAGUGCUUACACCGAAAGGGAUAAGAGUUUCUUUGCCAGAUGUACCAAAAAUGUCUUUAUUCGCCUUCCACGGCAACUUGAACAAGGCGAUCAAGAAAGAAGACACUGGCACUAUCAGAGGGGAGGUCCUGAAGAAGACAAAUGGAAAGUGGGUGUUUGAGGAUCCCAACGUGACCCUGAAGAUAGGAGACGAGAUCAAAUACUAUGUGUUCGUAUCUGUGGACAGAGUUGGGUACAUUAAGGAUAACUUAGUUUAUAGAUACACCGGUUCGAGUGGAGAUGACAGGAAUUGUCGACCGUCACAAACCGAGGUGCGCGGGAGAUCAACAGGCAUUUGCUCGGGGGAGAUUAUCUUCGAAGACCAUUUCGACUCCCUCAACGACGAUAAAUGGAGGGUUGAGCAGUACAUUCCAGUUGAUAAUAAUCCUGAAUUCCCUUUUGUGUCCUAUCAACGUUCAGCAGUAUCCGUGGUGGAUGGGUACCUACGCAUCGAGCCUGGGCUGCAGUCCACGAGGCCAGGUUUCGAUGACAUGUCCAUCUUGACCGGCAAUCUGGACUUGACCAGCGGCUGCACAUCGAGACCUUGCUCCAAGCAAGCCUCAGGAUCUGACAUUCUUCCACCAGUGGUCUCCGGGAGGCUCAUCAGCAUCGGAUUGGCCUUCACUUACGGAACGGUACAUAUAAGGGCGAAGGUACCGCAAGGAGAUUGGUUGUAUCCAGAAAUGCUGUUGGAGUCAUUUUUGAAGAAGUACGGAUCCGACAAUUAUGCUUCUGGUGUUUUGAAAAUAGCUUCUGUGCGUGGUAACAAAGAUUUGAAAUCCAACGACAUGGAUUUUGGGAACAAGGUACUGUAUGGAGGCCCGUUGAUGGAUUACAAAUGUCGCCAAACUCUGAUGGCAAGGAAAGAGUCUUCUCAGAAUUGGGGUGAUGACUUCCACGAGUAUUCCGUGUACUGGGGACCAGAUCGCAUCGUCCUGUCAGUGGACGGAUCAGAAUGGUCUCGUGUUGAACCAGCCUCGACGGGUCUCAGCGGGAGAUAUACACAGAUGUGUGAUCAGCUCCCGAGAGAUGUAUUAGCUAAAGGAACUAAGAUGGCGCCGUUCGAUAACCUGUUUUAUAUAACGUUGGGCGUAUCAGCGGGCGGCAUCUCAGAUUUCCCAGACGAUGCCAAGUCGGGAACCGAACCCAAGCCUUGGCGGGACCGCGCUAACAAGGCCAGGCUCACCUUCUGGAACGCUCGAGACUCCUGGCUGGACACGUGGAGCCAACCGGCGCUGAUUGUGGACUAUGUUAAAGUGGUCGCGUUCUCUGUGUUAGAAAUAAAUAGCGAGCUGUUGUUUACUACUAAGGCCCAUAGCACACGGCAUGUCCCAGGCAUAACCUUAUUUGCCUUCAACGGUAACAUCAACAAGAGAAUCCGGGCAGGUUUGGAAUUUGGUCAGCUCCGAGCUGAGGUGAAGACUCCGGUUCAGGGCAGAUGGACUUUCGAGGACUCCAAAGUACAGCUGAAUGUGGGUGACGUCAUACACUAUUACGUGUUGCUGGAAACUGGAUUCGUGAAGGGGAGUAUUAUAACAACUGGACACUUGUCGGGGAAUCUGAAGCAUGAAGUUCAACGUUUAGAAGAAAUAUCCACAGCAUUGCCUUCUGAAGAGUGUAAACCUUCUAUAACUUCAGUGUAUGAAGGAUCAGAACGCACAUGUUCAGGUCAAGUUCUGUUUGAAGACCGCUUUCUCACAUUCCAGGAUGAUAUGUGGCGUAUUGAGCAUAAUAUACCCGUGGAUAAUCCUGAAUAUCCAUUUAUAUCAUAUCAACGGAACGCAGUGACUACAAAAGACAGGUAUCUAACUAUAAACGCGAAGUUACAAGAGAAUGAGCCAGGAUUCAACAACGCUAGUAUAUAUUGUGGUGUCCUGAACCUUACAGUCGGAUGCACAAAAGCGCAAUGCUCUAUUAAGGCUUCUGGACCAGACAUCCUGCCUCCAGUAGUGUCAGGACGGCUGGCCAGCAAGUUCGCGUUCAAGUACGGCAUCGUGCAUGUUAGGGCUAAGCUACCCGUUGGUGACUGGUUGUAUCCAGAAAUUCUAUUAGAACCGUUGACAUAUAAUUAUGGUAGCAUGAACUACGCAUCAGGAGUACUAAGGAUUGCAUCAGCGAGAGGGAACAAGGUCCUGGGAGCCGGCUCAAAGGAUUACAGUAAUAAAGUGCUGUGCGCUGGUCUCAUCAUGAGCCUGGAAUGUCGUGGGCAAAUCUUACAGGAGUACGUUCACCCUGACAACAAGCUGUGGUGUGACUUCCACACCUACUCAAUGAGGUGGACUCCAGAUAACAUUACGUGGUCAGUCGAUGGAAAGGAAUGGGCGUUUAUAGAUGCUCGCAAUAAAAGUCUGCGCGAUAAUUUUGGGCCACGAUGCGAUAUUCCACGCCACAACGGAACAAAAUUGGCGCCAUUCGAUGAAUUCUUUCACUUAACCCUGGGUGUGUCCGUCGGUGGUAUAUCAGAAUUCAAGGACGAUGUGAAGACCAGAGCUGACAGCCCGAAGCCCUGGCAGAAUUCCAGCCGCAAGGCCAUGUUGCAUUUCUGGAGGGAUUUGAACUCGUGGUACCCAACGUGGUCUCAGCCAAGGAUGAUAGUUGAUUUAGUUAGAGUUAUAGCACUUUAAAAAAUAUUAUACUUUUAUAGGAAAAAAAUGUUUUCAAUAAGUGGACCCACCAAUGUCACACACAUACACAGUCAUGUCUUCAUCCCUUGCGGGAUAGACAGAGCCAGCCGUCUUGAAGGACUGAAGGCCACGUUCAGCUGUUAGGCUUAAUGAUAGAAUUGAGAUUCCAAUAGUGACAGGUUGCUAGCCUAUAUUAGGUGUACCCGCGACUUCGACCGAUUAUGGUGACCGCGCAUAAUUUCCCCCGUUUUUUUCACAUAUUCAAUCAAACAAACAAACUCUUCAGCUUUAUAAUAUUAGUAUAGAUUACAAGCAAUGUCAGAAAAAAUAAAUU